GCUGAUUUGCAGCCCUGGUGUGCCACGUGCUAUCGAUAGACUGUAUUUAGAAGAAGAAGAAAUGGGUGGAAAGACAAAACAAGCACCGCGCACCAAAAAUAAUGCAAAGCCGUCGAGCAGCAGCCGGACAGCUGAGCUGCUGGGCAGCUCCACGCCCAUUUUCGUGGGAUUUUCAGCGCAAGCGGAUGGCGGUGGACUGGUGCCAUUUGCUCCGGGAUUCGCCAGCGCUGAACAGAUGCCGGAUAGUUUCGAUGCGGCGAUCGAUCCCCAGACCCAGAUCAUUCUGCGUAAGCUCUCCAAAAAAGACCCCAUGACCAAAAAGAAGGCACUCCAGGAACUGCAAGAGCUCAUAGAACAGUCUGACGUGGAUUCGCUGAAAAACAUUCUACCCCUGUGGCCGAAGUACUACCUGAACCUCGCUAGCGACCCCGAGCACAAUGUGCGCGAACUUACGCAAACAGUUCUGCAGUUGCUCAUGGCCAAGUGCAAGAAGGCGAUGGCUCCGUACCUGAAGUUGCUCGUUCCCGUUUGGCUGGGCAGUCGCUUCGAUACCUACGCACCGGCGGCCAGCAUAGCCGGGCAGUCCUUCAAGGACACUUUUGCGGGGAAUGCGAACCGUACGCGAGAGGUAUGCCUGCAUUGUCAGGUGGAGAUUUUGGAGUAUGCCACCCGCAACCUGACCUUCCACACAGCUGCCACUCUUUCGAUUGGGAAAAGUCUAACACCAGAGGAGGCGGAACAGAAAUACCAACGGGUUGUGAUUAGCAGUCUGAAACUUUUAUCUUUCUUCUUGGAGAAAACGUCACAAACAGAGGAGCUGAGCCAAGUCAAAGAGGGAUUUAAAACGCUAGUGGCGCAUCAGAAGUUCUGGAGCUUCGCCAAACACAAAGUACCGCCCAUAAAGGCUGCCUGGUUCGAGUGCAUCUACCAUAUCCUGCAAUCGGUUCCCCUCUUGGAAGUGAUCUUACCUCAAAAGUCUCAGCUUACAACACUCUGCUUCCAAUUCAUCGACGACUCUGAUCCGGUUGUGGCUCCCCAAAUAUGGGGCUGCGUUUUGUUACUGCAGAACAAUUACGACGACUGGUAUGCUUCACUCAACAUACGCAAGGCCCUGCUACCGAAACUGUCCAACCUGCUCCGCAAUGGCUUUAAUCGCAAUGCCCAAGCCAUCUGCCCUAACCUGCUGCCUUUUCUUUCCAAGAUAACGCCUGCUUGCCUGCAGGAUCUGGACGUUUACGAGUUCUACCAACGCUUCUUUGAUGACAUGAAGCUGGGCAUCACGGAGAAGUUUGAUCCUCCGUUGUCCAAGUCGGAUUGCACUGUUAUCCACAAUGCCUACUUCGAGUGUCUGCGCUUUCUGUUCCAACAAAUCAAUAACAAAAAAGAGAAGGAAACGAAGGAGGAGGAUUUUGCCAUUAAGUUGCUAGAAACGAAUAUCUUGGAGCCCAUCAGCUGGCUGCUGAAGAGCGACAGUGCCCAUGUGAAAAACUUCUUCCAGCAUAGCUCUGCGUUGGUUGCUUUCUGGGAUCGCCAGAUCCACAAUAAGCUAGACAACGGCGGCCUGUACGCUAAGCUUCUGAAUCUAUUUUGGACUAAGAUCUUUGAGCUGGUUACCAAAGACCUGGCAGCCGAGGAGGUGGAUGAACAGCUUCUUUCCCACGUCCUGCUAUUGGUGCAGGAUCUGCAUGUGGCCAAUCCCAGUCUGGAAUCACCUAGUGUCAAGUUUGCGGAGGAGCAGGGCGAAAAAAUUGAAAAAAGUGAACCCACAACGCCGGUAAAGAAGGCCCAAGAGGCGGCUGCGUUUAUACAGAAGGAGCUGAAACAGUUGGUUGUGAAGCUGGUGAGGAUCUGCCUGGACAAAGCCAGCGGAAGUGAGAAGGGCAGCUCUGCCACCCGAUACGUCGAGCAAGUGCAUACCCUCACCAAAAUGUUCAGCGAUGUCAACUUCUACAAGAGCUUGACUGAUCUCGGAGAGUUGAGCAGCUCUUUGGACAGAUUCGUUAACCUACUGAGUCAAGUAAACGAAGAGGCUUCUGAAUCGGUCGUGGAGAUCGUGUUUGAGAUUCUGCCUCUGCUGGAAGCGGAUCAGCGCUUUGAUUAUAUCGAAAAGAAGCUUCUGAAGCUCCCACAGAGUCGAGUUCAAAACCUUCUUCUCCACCGACUUUUGUCCUACCCACUCUGUACGGAGCCGGCUGUAAGGCAGAUGCUAAGUAGUCCGGAUACCUGCGCCGUAAUUGCCCGGAUCGCCGAGGAAGUUGUGGUGGACAAUGAUAGGGAAAAGCUGAACCUGCUGCACAAGUGCUUCUUCCAAACCGACACAGGAGAUAUACUCAUUAAUGCUGGAACGGUGGACAAAAUACUGGUGGCCAUGAGCGGGCCCCUGGAGCAGCCGGUGAUAGACAAUACGGUGGAAGUGUGCGGUAGCUUUAUUGCUCAAAUAAUGCCUGUGAUUUGCACCAAUGACAACUCGUCUCUGGAAGUGCGCCAGAAAGUCUUUCUGAGGCUCUACAAGUUUAGUUUAGAGCACCAGCCGGAGGACUAUCUCUCCGAGGACACUCUCUGGGAGAUAACCACGUGCUGGCAAGACGCACUCUCCAGUAAGGACAUUGAAAUCGACGAUGACAUGCUGAGGACUUGUGCGAGCAUAGUUGAGGACUUGGCCAGAAGCCUGGAGGUAAAUGCCGAAAACUUGGAUAGUAUGGCGGAGGCGAUGGCCAAGUUUGUGAUCUGCUCCACAGAAAAUAUCGAGGAUGAGGACAAGCGAAUGGAGCGCAUAGAUGAGACUAUAGCGGCUCUGCUGGAAACUCCCUUAAAAACAGCCGAAAAGGUGCAGCAGUUUGAAAACCAUGUGGUUCUUUUGGAGGCCUUGGCAGGGACCGUCAGCGCAGGAGUUGCUUUCGACAGCGGAUCGAUGGAACCCAAAGAGAUUUAUCCGUUAAUCCAGCGCUCGACCAUUAACUUGGCCACACUCAACAAGCUGGUCUUUAAAUUCCCGUCGUCCAAACCCCCCAACGACCCCGAGGAUGAGCUAACCGAAGACUAUUGUGAUCCCAAUGCCGAUGUUCUGAAGAAGUGGAGCGAGCCUCUCAUCGCAGAAGUCCUGCAGUGCAUUCGUGUGGCAGGUGCUGCCGGGAACUGGCAGAAAGUCGCCGAAUUGCCGUCCGUCACCGAGGAACAAGUUAUCAUUUUGGUGGAAAAAGUGGAGGACUUUAUGGGCAAUACCAGCGAGUUGGUCGGCAUAGUUCAGCAGCGCCUUCGGCAAGAUGCAGUGGCGCAACCCAGUGUUAUAGGCUGCCGUCUGCUGGGUUACCUCAUUCAUCAGUAUGCCGAUUUUGAUGAGAGUGCGCCCAUUCUGCUGCACGAGGAUUUGUCCGACUCACUGGUGACCCAGGGCGCUCUAAAGGUCUAUGCCAUGGCUCUGCAGUACCUCCUACCCGAGCUAUCGCAAAAAUCCAUUGGGCUUACUUCGGCCAUAAUGCGAACAGAUCCACCCGAAAUUUGGAUCAAAGCUGCCGUUUUCCGCGCUCUGCUUCUCAACAAUUUCGAGUCGGAUGUAAAUGAGCAAUCGGAUCGCAAUAUCAUUGCCUCGGCGGUGCAGUUUCUGACCAGUAUUGGAGAGAAACAGAGCGUACAAAAGGAUUUGCUUCAUUACAAUGUAGAACUUAAACAACAACCCUACGAGUCAGUUCUGAACACCGUGGAGUAUAUUAAACUACUCACAGAGGUCCUUAAACGGUUUCCCUACGAACUUAGUAUCAAGAAUUGGGAUGCCAUUCGGAUUGGCCUCAGUUCUUGGGUGCUGACUGUCUCAAAAUCCGUAGCUCAAUAUGAUGAUCCUAAGACUAGCUUGUUUGUGGUUUCUGUUUAUCAAUUGUUUGCCGCCCUGAUUGAGUUCAUACGCUCCGAGAAGCAGAAGAGCUCCACGGAACUGCUCAAAAAUAUGAUCGAUGAAUGGGAAUCUCUGUUCGCCAAGGAAGUCAAUGUGGUUCUGUUCAAAUCAUACUAUCAGUUGACCCACGAGGCGAGUGUAGAGCCAGGAUUCCAGGCUUGCUACGAGGCCGUACUGGAACAUCUUACUCCCACUCUUGAACUACUGGACUACAGCUUUAUUUAUGCGUUCUGCAAGUCCAAUAGUAAAAUUAGUCUGGAUCAUCUCUGCAAUUUCCUGUUCAAGCAGCUCUACAGUCGCCAGCACUCGGUUCGAAUUAGUGCUGUGUUUGCCUUGAAACAAUUAACCCCACACUUUGUGGCCGAUGACAUCGAGUUGAAUGAGAAACAAAGCGAAAGCAUGGACGCCACUACCGCGAUCUCUAGAUGGCAUUUCCUCAAUCGCUUCGAAGACUACUUGACUCGUUACGAUGCCCUGAUCAAAAAAUAUCUGGACGAGUUCACUUUCAAGUUGUCAGAGUUGGAGGAUCUUGAACCCAUUGAUAGACACGACGCCCUAAGCUACCUCUUCCUGUGGGACUGCAUCAUCAACGCGUGCGCCAAGUCCCCUGUUGCCCUGCGAUCUGUCUACACCAACUGGCUAAAUGACAACAAAUACGAAGAGAAUUUCCUACACUUUCUAUUCCGCGCCAUGCCGGUGGACAUCUUAAAAAAUCACGGUGCUAAGGUGCACAGCAACGGAGUUUACAAGGAGCUUAAUUGGUCCCAGUUGAAGGAUCAAAAGUUGCCGCUGGAUAGAUAUGUGUGCCACCUGUACACGGAAGUGUUGCGUAAAUUGCCGGCCGUGGUACGUCGAUGGUGGAACGCCACCCAGUCCAGGCAAAAGAAUUUCGUGGAUAACCUCACCACAAACUAUGUGAGCUCCCUCAUCUGCACCGAAGAACUUAAGGCAAUCGCCAACCGGAAGGAGAAGCACGAAAAUAUGCAGGUCACAGUUCACGCCUCUACCCGCGAAGUGCUGGCCGUUUAUGCCAUCGAUGAGGCACGCAUGGAGCUGGUGAUUACGCUGGCCCCCAAUUAUCCUUUGGGUGCCGUAAAAGUGGAGUGUGGCAAGCAAAUUGGAGGAAGGGCCUCCUCGCGCAAUGUGGGCAUGCAGCUAACCAUCUUCCUCACCCAUCAGAAUGGCACCAUUUACGAUGGCCUCACCAUGUGGAAAAACAAUCUGGACAAAAAGUUCGAGGGAGUGGAGGAGUGCUAUGUAUGCUACACAGUCAUCCACCAGGACACUUGCCAGCUGCCAAAGCUCACGUGCAAAACCUGCAAAAAGAAAUUCCAUGGACCUUGCUUGUACAAAUGGUUUACCACCAGCAGCAAAUCCACCUGCCCCAUCUGCCGCAAUGUCUUUUAGGCGGAACAUGCCACGUUUCAUCUUUAGUUGGCAGAAAGUAUUAAGCAAAAGGCACAACACCAAAUCCAUUCGCUUAGGCUACAAAUAAUGGUCUCCCCUCAAAUUAUAAAUCAGCAAUAUUAAUAAAUUCGUCAAAUGUUUGAGUGUU